AUGUCCGCAUCCCCGACAGAGGCCCGCGACACCUGGGAGCGGCUCUACCAGCAAGGCCUAGCCCACGCGCGCGCCAACGAGCUGGAGGAGGCGCUCCUCGCCCACCGCGGAGCCCUGGCGCUAUGCGAGCACGUCGGCGGGCCCAGCACCAGCAGCAGCAGCGAUGGCGAUGAGCACGGCGACACCCUCCCGCAGCAGCCCAACCUCCGCUACGUGGUGCUCGCCUCGCUCGGCUACGUGUACCGGAUGCUGGGGCGGCUGGCCAGCGCGCUCGAGUGCCUCGAGGAGGCGGAGCGGAACCUGCCGCGCGGCGACCCGGGGCGGCUCAAGGCGCUCGGCGAGCUGGCCGUGGUGUACCGGCACCUUGAGCGGCUGGACGACGCGAAGCGGGCGUGCGAGGAGCAGUACGAGGCGGCGCGGGAGCUGGGCCUCGAGCACGAGAUGGAGCGGGCCGUCGGGAACCUCGGCAUGGUCAACUAUCAAAUGUUCCUCCUGGGCGGCGACACCGCCUACCUGGACCUGGCCAUCCGGCAGCUGCAGGAGCGGGUCGAGAGGUGCCGGCGGCUGCGGAGCGCCGUCGAGAUGCCCGGGGAUCCGCGUGACCGGGCCGUCAGGGUGCAGAGCGCUACGGCGCGAGAGGCCAUCGCCUUUGCGAGGCUGUCGCUUUGUUGUUCUGCCCAGGGAGACCGGGCGAGGGCGAUCGAGGCGGCGAUAGAGGGGCAAGGAUUGUCGAUUUUGUCAAGGGACCCGAGCAAGAUUGCGUUUUCGAGGUUCUACGUCGGGAGGGCGCUGUUCUUGGACGGGCAGAAGGAGGCCGCGAUUGCUCAACUCAACCCUGCAGACGGGUACACGCCGAUAGCGGCUCUUUCAAAGGAGCCCUGUGAGGAAUACAGGGGCUACAUCUCCGAGAUGAUAGCCGCGGGAGCGGAUGUGACGCUGCGAGACAAGACGGGCUACUCGGCGCUGGACUACGCAGUCUACAACGGCGACGAGCUGACGCAGAAGAUACUGAUUGAAGCGCUGCGGCAGCAGCUCAGUCACGAGGAGGUCGAGCAGCACCGGCUGGAGUCGACGCUUCGAAAGGGACACCGGGAGCUGUUUCAAGACAUACUGCGGCCGGUGCUGCUGCAGCCGGACAAGAAGACCAGCGUCAACCAGCUGCGGCGGGCCUACGCAGAAACCCUCGCUUCGGACGAAGAAAAGGCGAGGCAGUUUGACAAGUUCAAGUACGUGCGCUUCGAGGACUUUGCUCGCUGCGGUAGACUGCCCAGGGGCACUGACAACUGGACGCGGUGUUUUGGAGACGAUGCGGACGAUGACUUGUUUGUGAUUUUCAUGUCUUAUACGUGGGCCAAGGAGAAUUCGGGCAACGGCGGUGAGAUCUCUCCGGACGAUGAGGAAAACACAAAGUAUCAGCAGAUGAUCAGCGCGGUUCAAAGUUUUCUUGAAGCGAAUCCGGACGUGGAUCCAGCGGCAGUUUGCAUAUGGCUCGAUUGGGCUUGCAUCGACCAGGUGGACAAGGACGUGCAGGCGCGCGGGGUCUCGGCGCUGCCCAUAUCCCUGGCCCAGUGCAACGCCAUGAUCAGCAUCACCGAGGAAACGUACUACGAGCGUGCGUGGUGCUGCGUCGAGGUCAUCACGAUUCGGGCCCUGCAGAGGUCGUACGGCGCACACAGGUGGCACGAGUACGAAUAUGACGGCGCAGGACGGGGCAGGGUGCUGAGGAAAGGGAGUCUGGAUCGGGUGCUCAGCGUUGCCGCGACCAAGGUUUCUUUUGAGAGCGACCGCCCCAAGUUGAAGUUCCUGGAGCGGCAGGCGAUGCUUCUGGAUAAUGCUGCACCGGUACAGACUUGA